GUUCGAGAAGCGGUUCUGAGUUGCACUGAGGUUGUUCGGAGGUUCUGACGGUCGCAAAAGGUCCCGGGUGCCACAGAACAUCAGGAGCCAGAAGGUUGGACUAAGGAUGCGGGUCCAGGUCUGGUCCAGUCUCAGCCGGCUCUGCUGCCUCUGCUUGAUGGUGCAGGUCGUCCAAGGACAAUUGUUGCCGCCCAAAAGGUUCCGUGCCAAAGUCAUGAGUCCAACUCAGCUGCUGGUGUCGUGGAAAGAACCAAGAGGAGAGUUUGAGAGCUACAGAGUCGUCUACACCACAGAAGCAGACGGGCAGCAGACAGAGUUGGAGGUGUCGAAGGAAGACGCUAAGCUGCUCAUCGACAACUUUGACGCCUCUGUGGAUUACGACUUUUACAUUUUCACGACUGGCGGCGGUGAGGAGAGCAAACCACUCCACGCCAAAGUGGAAGCUCAGCGACCUGGUGUGGAGCGGGUCGAGCCACAGGAGGGACAAGAUGGCGGCACCGCCCCAGAGAACAACGAGAUUGUUGAAGCCGAAGAGUCCUUUGUGUGCCAGACCACAGCCAUCGCUGACAUUGUCAUCCUGGUGGACGGGUCCUGGAGCAUCGGCCGCAUCAACUUCAGACUGGUCCGGACUUUUCUGGAGAACCUGGUGAAGGCCUUCAACGUGGAGCUGGAUCAGACCAGGAUAGGUCUGGCCCAGUACAGCGGAGAUCCUCGGAUCGAGUGGCAUCUCAACACCCACGGUACUAAAGACACGGUCAUCGACGCUGUCAAGAAUUUGCCGUACAAAGGAGGAAACACAUUGACCGGUUUGGCGCUGACGUUCAUCCAGGAGAACAGCUUCAAGUCCGAAUCUGGAUCCAGAAGUGGAAUUCCCAAAAUAGGAAUCUUGAUCACUGAUGGGAAGUCACAAGAUGACGUCAUCCCACCGGCACAGAGCCUGAAAGAUUCUGGGGUCGAGCUGUUCGCCAUCGGUGUGAAAAACGCUGAUGAGAAUGAGCUGCGUGCGAUCGCGUCUCCCCCCGAGGAGACUCAUGUCUACAACGUCGCCGACUUCAACGUCAUGAGCGACAUCGUGGACGGACUCACUCGAACCGUGUGUGAGCGAGUCCAGUACCUUUGGACCAACCAGGACAGAGAUAGGUCGGCCGUCGCCCCUCCUCCCAGCCCAGUGGCCCCCCCUCUCAACCUGCUGACCUCUGACAUCACAGCUCGCAGCUUCCGUGUCUCCUGGACGCAUCCUCCCAGCCGAGUAGAGAAGUACAGAGUGGUCUACUACCCGUCCAACGGGGGGCAACCUGACGAGAAGGUCGUGAACGGAGCUGAGAACAGCGUGGAGCUGAACUUUCUCAACUCUCUCACUGAGUACCAAGUGGCUGUGUUUGCCAUCUAUAGCAGCUCGGCCAGUGAAGCCCUGAGAGGGAGCGCCACCACCUUGGCGCUGCCCACCGUCAACGAGCUGGAUCUGUUCGAUGUCACCCACAGCACAAUGAGAGUCCGCUGGAGGACAGCAGUAGGGGCGUCCGGGUACAUGAUCCUCUAUGCCCCCCUGACAGAGGACGACCCUGAUGGUGAAAAGGAGGUGAAAGUGGACAGCUCUGUGAACGAGGUGGAACUUGAAGGUCUCACCCCGCUCACUGAGUACACUGUGACGGUGUACGCUCUGUACGGAGAGGAAGCAAGUGACCCCAUGACCAGCCAGCAGACCACCUUGCCCUUGGUCCCAGCAAGGAACCUGCGCUUCUCUAACGUGGACCACAGUUCCGCCCGACUGAGCUGGGACGCAGCCUCGAGGAACGUGAUUGGCUAUCGCGUCAUGUACGUGCGCACCGACGGGGUGGAGACCACUGAGGUGGACACCGGCCCCGUGACCACCUGGUCGCUCACAAACCUGACGGCGCUGACCGAGUACACAGUGGGCGUUUUUGCCGUCUACAAUGAGGGGCAGGCUGACCCAGUGACCGACAGCUUCACCACACAGACGGCUCCAGAGCCGGUGGGCCUACGGACCAGCCGCGUCUCUACUAACAGCUUCCAAGUGUCGUGGCAGCACCCAGCCAAGGAUGUGGUUCUGUAUCGACUCAUCUGGACCCCGACAGACGGAGGGGACAGCCAGGAGGUUCUGGUGGACGGGACCGUCAACAGUUUCCUGGUGAAAGGCCUGCGGUCGUCCACCGAGUAUGAAGUUCUCCUUGCGGCAAUAUACAAUAACGACGUGGAGAGUGACGAGGUCAUCGUGGUGGAAUCCACUGUCGACAGAGUGACGACCGUCGCACCCACGACGGUCAUCAUCACAGCUCCUCGUGACCCAGUGGCGGGACUGAGGAUCGACGAGGAGACCACCUCCAGCCUGCAGGUGUCAUGGCGGCCGAUCCCCUCCUGGAACCUUCAGCACUUUCACCUGAGCUACGCGAGCACUAGUGGCGGCCGGGCCCCGGAGUCGAUGAUCGUGCCACCGGGGCAGAGCAGUCUCAUCCUGCAGCCGCUGCUGUCUGACACAGAGUACCACGUGACGGUUACUCCUGUUUAUCUGGAAGGAGAAGGAGCUAGCGCCAAAAUGUCGGGAAGAACACUUCCUCUUUCUGCGCCGAGAAACCUCCGAGUGUCGGAGGAGUGGUACAACCGUUUCCGGAUCAGUUGGGACGUCCCACCUGCUCCCACCAUGGGCUACCGGGUGGUUUACCAGCCAGUUUCUGCUCCGGGCCCAGCGCUGGAGACUUUUGUGGGCGAAGACAUCAACACCAUGCUGAUCGUCAACCUGCUCAGUGGAACCGACUACAGCGUGAAGGUCAUCGCCUCUUACACCACUGGUUCCAGCGACCCACUCACGGGACGAGCCAAAACCUUGUUUCUGGGCGUUAACAACCUGAGUAGCUACCAGGUGAGGACCAGCGCUCUGUGCGUCCAGUGGCAGCCGCACCGACACGCUUCAACCUACAGAGUCGCUAUUGAGUCACUGCUGAACGGUCAGAAACAGGAGGUGAAGCUGGGUGGAGGAACCAGCCGUCACUGUUUCAGCAAACUGAAACCGGACAGCCGAUACAAGGUCAGCGUGGUGGCCCAGCUCCCGGACGGUACCGAGGGUCCAGCCAUGACUGUGGUGGAGAAAACACUUCCUGCUCCGACUCCGCCUCCAACGAGACCACCAACCACGACCCCGUUACCCACCAUCCCUGCUGCUAAAGAAGUGUGUAGAGCAGCGAAAGCGGACCUGGUGUUCCUGGUCGAUGGGUCCUGGAGCAUCGGAGACGACAACUUCCUGAAGAUCAUCAACUUCCUGUACAGCACCACCGGCGCACUGGACCAAAUCGGCCCGGGUGGAACUCAGGUGGCGAUGGCUCAGUUCAGUGACGACGCUCGCACUGAGUUCAAGUUGAAUUCCUACAGCGAUAAACAGCAGCUGCUCGACGCAAUCACUCGGAUCUCCUACAAGGGAGGGAACACCAAGACUGGAGCGGCAAUUCGGCACGUGAAGGAAAAGAUCUUCACAGUUGAGGGUGGAGUCCGGAGAGGGAUCCCCAAUGUUUUGGUGGUGCUGACGGACGGACGCUCACAGGAUGAUGUCACCAAGGUCUCCCAGGAGAUGCAGGUGGAAGGUUUCAUCGUGUUUGCCAUCGGUUUUGCCGACGCUGACUACGGUGAGCUUGUUAGCAUCGCUAGCAAACCCAGCGACCGCCACGUCUUCUUCGUCGAUGAUCUCAACGCCUUUAAGAAGAUUGAAGAGAAACUGGUGACGUUUGUGUGUGAAGCUGCAACAGCCACCUGUCCAUCGGUUCGCAUGAGUGGCGGCAGCACUCCAGGUUUCAGGAUGAUGGAAAUGUUUGGUCUGGUGGAGGACCAGUACAGAGCCAGACCUGGAGUCUCUAUGGUUCCCGGAACCUUCAAUGUUUUCCCCAGUUACCAGCUCCACCCUGAUGCUCUGCUCUCACAACCCACCAGGUAUCUCCACCCGGAGGGUCUCCCCUCUGACUUCACCAUCUCUCUGUUGUUCCGGCUUCUCCCGGACACCCCGGCUGAACCCUUUGCCCUCUGGGAAAUCCUAGACCGCAACAGUGAACCUCUGGUGGGCGUGAUCCUGGACAACGGAGGGAAGACCCUGACCUUCUUCAACAACGACUACAAGGGCGAGUUCCAGACAGUCACAUUCGAAGGUCCAGAGAUUCGGAAACUUUUCCAUGGAAGUUUCCACAAGCUCCACAUCGCGGUCAGCAAAACCAGCGCCAGCGUUGCCGUCGACUGUCAGAGUGUGGCAGAGAAAUCUAUCAACGCUGCAGGAAACAUCAGCACCGACGGCGUCGAGGUGUUGGGACGCAUGGUCCGAUCCAGAGGGAACAGGGACAACUCUGCGCCUUUCCAGCUGCAGAACUUUGACAUCGUGUGCAGCACCUCUUGGGCCGGCAGAGACAAGUGCUGCGAACUUCCUGGUCUGAGGAAAGAGUCCGAGUGUCCAGCUCUGCCUAAGUCCUGCACCUGCACCCAGGACAGCAAAGGACCUCCUGGUGCUGCUGGACCCCCAGGCGGACCGGGAAUCCGGGGAGCCCGAGGAGAUCGUGGAGAGCCUGGCCCGGUGGGUGCCUCUGGUCCUGUCGGGGAUCCUGGUGUGCCUGGACCUCAAGGAGCACCGGGACCACCCGGACCCACCGGACGCUCCAUCAUCGGACCACAGGGGGCUCCUGGAGAGAGGGGUCAGAAAGGAGAAGCGGGUCAACAAGGACUUCAGGGUAUCACCGGACGCCCCGGACCAACAGGCAGAGAUGGAGGUGUCGGACCCAGAGGGCUACCUGGCAAGGACGGACCGCCCGGCAGACCCGGGUCCACAGGCGUGAUUGGGACUCCAGGAGCCCCAGGAUCGCCCGGUAACACAGGUCCUGCAGGGAAGCAAGGAGAGCUCGGCCCCCCGGGUCCACCAGGAAGCAAAGGAGAGAAAGGAGAACGGGGUGACCUCCAGUCCACAGCGUCAGUCCAGGCCAUCGCCCGCCAGGUGUGCGAGCAGCUGAUCCAGACCCACUUGGCCCGCUUCAACUCCAUCCUUAACCAGGCACCAAGUCCCCCGGUGUCCAUCCGCACCGUCCCCGGACCUCCAGGAGAACCAGGUCGCAGUGGUUCCCCAGGGCCACAGGGAGAGCAAGGUCCGCCGGGAAGACCCGGAUUCCCGGGUCAGAACGGACUGAACGGACAACCAGGAGAAAGAGGUCAGCCGGGUGAGAAAGGCGAGAAGGGAUCGCCGGGUGUUGGAGUGCAGGGACCCCGCGGCCCAGCCGGACCUCCAGGUGCCCCUGGGCAAGGCAGACCUGGCAACCAGGGUUCAUCUGGGCGACCGGGAAAUCCUGGAGCACCCGGUCGGCCCGGAGUGCCUGGUCCUAUCGGUCCUGCUGGUCCACCUGGCUACUGCGACCAGAACUCGUGUGUGGGCUACAACGUGGGCGUCCAAUUGCCGUCAAACGUCUUCCAGAACUACGGAGAAGUGGAGGAGGACGACCCGUACCGGUACUACCAGCCCAACUACCCAGCGCCGCGGCCGGUGGAGCCUGACGACCCCACCGUGUCUCUGGACGACGUGGAGCUGAGGUCGCCCGGCGUUUACCGCCAAGCGCGCAGCCUGGCCGCGGAAGAGGGCGGUCACGAGAGAGGGAAGGGGCGGAGCUAGUUCGCUGAGCCACUCUGUCGGGUUAGCUUGGACUCGGUUCCUCAGGAUGGAGUCAAAGGAACUAUUUGAAGUUGUCAGUGACAAUACUGUUGUUUUUAGCUGGGAUUUGUAUAUUUGUUUGUCUCGGUUUGUUUGUUAUAUGUGACCAUUUUUACCGUUAUUUUUUACAAAAAUAUGCCCGUGCGUAACCACAGAAAUGACGUUGACCUCCAGAAUCAACCUUUUGUAUAUUAAGGGGUGCCAUCUGUGCCACCUCCUGGGUUGUAAAAACAAAAAAAAAUCAUCAUGAGUGACACAAUAUUAAACAAAAAAACCAAUGAUUUCUGAAGUAUAUUUUAGUUUGGUGUAAAAAAAAAAGAUCAACAAAUGAAGUUACGUGUUUUUGCUUUCCACUGCGUUUGAAUGCAAAAAUAAAACAAGCCUUUCCAGAGUGUAAAUUUUCCUCAUGGGCGCCGCACUUCAAACGCCCUGGCAGAUACUCCCUCCCUCCCGUCUGUCUGUGGAAAUGUUUACAUCACAUUAACCUGGAGAGCAGCAGGAGGCGCCGCGCCUUCAUCCUCCCGCUCUCUGAUCUCGUUGGAUUGACAACAAAAGGAAGCUGCUUUACAUUUCUGCCACCCUGACGGGUCACAUGACGCGCGAGCUCCCCUGGGUAACGUCUUUACCACCGCACUCAUGUUAUAUUAACCUCUGAUGUCACUUCCUGUUCGCAUUCAUCACCUGUGACAGUCGUUAACCCUCUCAUGUCACUUCUUGUUUGUACUUGUCUCCAAUCACCGUUCCUCACUCUGAUUUGGUCACCGCAGUCUCAGCAGAGGCGCCGCUGUUGCGCAACGUUGGGUCUGACUCGCCGCCUGUCACGAACCCUGCUGUUGGAAAGGUGGAAGGUCAAGGUACGGACUUGAGUCUUCUCCAAACACAGCAACACAACUGACACACAAAGGUUGUUUGUUGGCUCUAGAAGCAUUUAACACAGCAGACCUUCUGUUCGAGAGAUGGAAAAUUCAUACACUUGAUACACAAGGCCACUCAGUGUGAGCAGGGGAGGAAGUAGAGACCAGUGGCAAAAUAAAAUUGUGUUUACCUUUUCAAAGUAAAGCUAUUCAUGAGGCGCGUUUCAUUGAUAUUUCCAGAACAAACACAAGCAUCAGCGUCACUGGCUCCUCCUGGGAACAAUAGGUUUUGUGAUCAAAGGAAUCUGGACUCGCAUGGUGUGAUUUCGCCAGCCUUGGUGGAGCACGGACCAGAAACACAGACACACGCUACGCAAACAUUUCUGGUGUAAACUGGUCUCCUGGGCCAUUCCAAUUGCAAGAUUAUAUAACGGCAGUCCAUACUCCAAAUGGAACCUUUGAUGAAUCCU